CACUCGGGACAAGGAGACGAGCCGGAGGGGCGGGAGAGGAGGAUCGGCGCCUCUUCUUAAUGCACCUGGCCGGGGAUCCCCCAGCGGGGAGAAAUAGGCGGCGGCAGAGGCGGCGAGGGAACAGGGCUGGCGGUGAUCGGCUACGACCAGGAGCGAAAAAGAUGCCCGCGGUAGCGCCCGCAGUUCGGGUUGGCUCGAUCGGUCCUCCGGCCGUCGCCCUACGGGGGGGACCUCUGGCGAGGGAGGCUGGCUGUCGUCCUUAGCGGCGCCCAGAUCGAGGGUUCGCGCCCACAGGACUGCAUGCCUGCUCGGUGCCCCGCGCUCCGCCAUGAGGAGUCCCUUCUGGCAUCUCGUGUUGCUGGGCUGCUCUGCAGGAUUGAGUAGUAUUCCUGGAACUGGGUCUCGCUGUGAGAAGGCAUGCAAUCCUCAAAUGGGAAACCUAGGUCAUGGACGUAAAUUGUGGACAGAUACAACAUGUGGAUACAACUCCACAGAAUUAUACUGUUCUUAUAGUGAAAAUACAGACCUCUUAUGCAAGCGGCCUAAGUUUAGCAAAUGCAACUCUAUGAAUACACAUCUGGCUCAUCCACCUUCUGCUAUGGUUGAUUCAUCUUUUAGAUUACCACACACAUGGUGGCAAUCAGCACAAGGAGUAGAGAGGGAGAAGAUCCAGCUCAAUUUGGAAACUGAAUUUUAUUUCACUCAUUUGAUCAUGAUAUUCAAGUCACCAAGACCAGCAGCCAUGGUCCUAGAGCGAUCUCAGGAUUUUGGAAAAACUUGGAAGCCUUAUAAGUAUUUUUCCAUCAACUGUUCAGCAGCCUUUGAGUUGGAUGAUGAUGUAACUAAGAAAGACGCACUUUGCACUUCAAGAUACUCCAGCCAUUUCCCCUGCACUGGAGGAGAGGUUAUAUAUCGAGCUCUGUCACCUCCAAACUCUGCUGAUGACCCUUACAGUCCUAAAAUUCAGGCACAGUUGAAAAUCACCAACCUUCGAGUGCAACUGCUAAAGCGACAAUCCUGCCCAUGUCAUAGCAAUGAUCUGAAUGCAAACCCACCACAGCUAACUUACUACGCAAUCUAUGAUUUUAUUGUGAAGGGGAGCUGUUUUUGCAAUGGCCAUGCAGAUCGCUGUGCACCUCUUAAAGGUUUUAGGCCUGUCAAAGGAGCAGGAGUCUUCCAUGUGGUCCAUGGGAGAUGCAUUUGUAAACAUAAUACUGCAGGAACUCAUUGUCAGCAUUGUGCCCCUCUUUACAAUGACCAACCUUGGCUUGCUGCAAAUGGCCAAACAGGCGCUCCAAAUGGAUGCAAAUCUUGUAAAUGCAAUGGGCACUCUGACACUUGUCACUUUGAUAUGGACACAUGGCUGGCAUCAGGGAACCAAAGUGGGGGCAUUUGUGACAACUGUCAACAUAAUACUGAAGGACAACAUUGUGAACGUUGCAAGCCAGGCUUUUAUCGAGAUCUUAGAAAGCCUUUUUCUGCUCCUGACACCUGCAAAUUGUGCUCUUGCAACCCCAUUGGAUCAGCCAUGCUUCCUUUUAGCAACAGCACUUUCUGUGACCCUAGCAAUGGUGAUUGUCCCUGCAAACCUGGAGUGUCUGGUCCUCAGUGUGAUCGGUGUAUGGUAGGAUACUGGGGAUUUGGACAUUAUGGCUGUCAACCAUGUGAUUGUGCAGGAAGUUGUGAUUCAAUCAAUGGAGACUGCAUCAACAGCAAUAGAGACAUAGAGUGGUACCAUGAAUUCCCUGGUCUCUAUUCUGCCCUUAACAAGAGUGAAGUAGCUUGGGAGUGGGAGGAAGAACAAGGAUACUCUGCUCUUCGACAUUCAGGCAAGUGUGAAUGUAAAGACCAAGUUCUGCAAAAUUUUAAGAUCUUUUGUGCCAUGAAAUAUACAUAUGUGGUAAAGGCAAAGAUUUUGUCUGCUCAUGAUAAAGGGUCUCAUGCUGAGGUCAAUGUGAUGAUCCAGAAAGUACUGAAAUCUACAAAACUGAAGAUUUUGCAAGGAAAACGGAUUCUUUACCCAGAAUCAUGGACUAACCGAGGUUGUACCUGCCCAAUACUUAAUCCUGGAUUGAAAUAUCUUGUAGCUGGAUAUGAAGAUGUUCAUACAAGCAGACUGAUAGUCAAUAUGAAAAGCUUUGUUCACCAGUGGAAAUCAGCUCUGGGGAAAAAGAUCUUACAGGUUUUUAAAAAAUGUGUCUGAAAAGGGCAUUUGUUUAUGCAUAAAAACAUAUGUGUAAGCUUCAUGAACAACCUCUGAGAUUAAAACUGGAAUGUGAGGGAACAGUGCCAAAUGUAGUAUAAAAAGAACUUUAAUUCAUAACCCAUUCACUUUGUCUCAAAACACCUCAUUUCAGAUUGCAGAAAUAGUUGGAGCUCUCUUACACAACCCCCUUUUUUCUUGCAAUAGGAUGAGAAGUAUGAACUAAAUGUAACAAUCCACAAGUGAGGUAAUAAGAUAUACAUCCACAUCUGCAUUCCUGCAGCUCUAGCAUUUCCAUUUUAUCAACAAUCAUCAGUUUGGUUUGGUCAAAGCAUUUUGUGAACAGAAUUUCCUCACAGUUUUUUUCUGGACUGGAACAAGAUACUUAAAAGUAAAACCCAUUAAUUUGGCAGAAUAUGCCUUGUCAUUACUUUCUUAAAGUUUUCCUAAUCAAUAUAGAUUUAAUAUCCAAUUUAAAUAUUUUAUUUAAGCCGCACAGAAAUGUAUGGAUAAUUUAAAAGUUGAAGCUUUCAUUUUCUUCUUUGGAAAUAUGUAUAUACACUUGUGAUGGAUAAAGUAAUUGCUGUUAUUUGUACUGUUGUAAUGAAUGAGAUUAACUGAAUGCUACAUUAGUAUAUUGCAAUCAUAAAGGAGAAUUUGGUUAGGUUUAUAUUCAGGUUUCUGUAGAUAUACUGUAAAUGGAAAUGACCAAUAUAUUAAUGGUCAUUUAUAAAAGCAGUACAUAAGAUCUCCACUGAAGUACAAAAGUGUUGUGGCCCGCUGGCGGCCAGCAGAGCUGGCAGCAGAGUCAGACAGUGAGGAGGUGGGGGAGGAACAUGGGCCAGUCCUGGGGGCUAGGGAAAGCUCAAAGGCUCUGCAUUGGAGGUGGAGAGGGAGCUAGACAGCAGUGAGGCAGAGGAACAGCUGGAGCCUGUUCCCAGUGUACACAUGCGCAGAGCUGCCAGAAGACAAGAACAACUAAGAAAGCAGAGUCGACUUAGGAGUAAAGCUACACCUUGGAGGCCCUUCCCAUAGGAAACAAAAGAGGCGUGAACGGGGAGUGGGCUUUUGCAGGAAAUAAUUCAUUUGUUUGGUUGUUUCAAGAGUGGGAAGAUCUGUCCGUGACUCUGUGCCAAGUUUUGCCUUGCACUGCAUUUGGAAACUAGUUACCUGGCAAGUGAGAUAAGGUCUGUGUUGAUAAAUAUUCCUUUGAAAGACUGUUUGCCAGGCCUUGCUAACUGUGAAUGAAAGAAAUUCACAGUCGGGUAAAUAAAAGGGGUUUUGCCAUGACCAAGACUCUGCUUCCUGCUUUUUAAGGGAGCCUAGGUCAGAACAAAAAGAAUGCUGACUCAAGUUGGUUAAAUCAAUGGCUUUUGGGGGUUGUGCAGGAUGUUGCAGUCAUGAGCACUUAAAACAAGUAAUGAAAUGGAAUCGAUCCCUUUACUAGAAUUUUGACUUCAAAUACUUUAUAUAUAAAGCACUUUAUUACCUGCCCCCUUCCAGUGUGAGCAAUCUAAUAUUGGGGAACAGGGACAGCACAGGAGAAAGGAUGAGGGAACAGAAUCUUGCUAAACCUAUUAGGAUAAUUGCUUUCCUUGUAACAUAGCAAAAGCCAUUCAGAAAAGCUAAAGAUAACUUAUGAAAAAGAAUAUAUUUACACUGGAGCUCCAACUUCAAAAUAAUAAUUUGAUUUGAUUGAUAUCAGUAAACAUAAAAAAAAUGGAAGUUUAUGAAAAAUGUGGUGAACUUGCCUAGCAUUAUGCUGGCUUUAGUUUCUACUUUUAUAAUAUUUAAAUUUAAACUGUUUUCUUAAAUUGUCAUCUUCUGCUUCUAUAUAUGGUGUACAUACUCUUUCAAAAUUGCAUAUAUUUUAUAUAUCAAGAACUUCAUCACUGGCAUUUACACUGUUCUGUUAACACAAACGCAAGCACUAACAUAUCCUAUUUAUAUGAACAUACAAAAAAGAAAGGCAAAGGCACCAUACAACGUAAAUAAAAGUCAUCCAUGGCUCAUCUGUUAUUUUUUAUUGUGAUCCUAUGGAUUCUUUAAAAUGAUACUGUUUUAGAUGUUGUUUUUCUAUUUUAUGUAUAUAAUAAAUAUGUUACAAUUCUAA